AUGUUCCAGAAGGUCCGAAAACAACGUUUUGAACAUCGUGAAAAGAUACAGGGAAAAUAUAUCAACAUUCUUGAAGGACAUGAAUUACAUACCGACGUGUUUUCUGAGAGUGAACAAAGGGGGAUAGUUGACUAUGUCUUCUAUCUCAGAGACCUGGGCCGAGCAGGUCGCUUAAGAAAAAGGACUUAUUCUGAGCCUCAGAAAUGGAUGAGAGGAAAAAGACGGAUCACCAUUCAGUGUGGUUGCUGUUAUAACUUCACAUAUGAUAAUGAAGGAAAUCCCCCAGGGAUUAUAAGACACGACGAGAUGGCUCUGAUACCAACCAUUAUAAAGAGGAUGAUCCAGAAAAUGGUGUUGUGGCAUGUAUUGUCUGCCAACUGCGUGCCUAAUAGCUGCAUAAUAAACAUUUACGAAAAGGGGGAUUGCAUCCCGCCACAUAUCGAUCAUCAUGAUUUUCUAAGGCCGUCCAGCACCAUCUCGUUCAUCAGUGAAUGCAACAUUUUGUUCGGCAGUGACUUACAGACAAUCGGCCCAGGAGAGUUUCGAGGCUCAGCUGAAAUUCCUUUACCCCUCGGGUCAGUCCUGGUACUUAAAGGAAAUGGGGCAGAUUUAGUUAGACACUGUAUCCCGGGAGUUCCGCGGAGAAGAGUUUCAAUAACCUUCAGAAAGAUGGAUGAUAGUAAGGCACCGUUUGGGUAUCGACCUGAUCCAGACCUGGAGGGCUUACGACCUUUGGAGUUGUGA